CGAUGGGUUCGCGACGCUAUAUUUUGGGGGUACGAAAAUUCGUCAGACCGUAUACAGAAACGUAUGCGAGAAGACUGGCCAGCCUUAGACAGCGCUUUGUUGAGUGCUAGGAAAGAUGAAAUAUUAAGGCUCACAAGAAUCAUAUCUAAUAUUGAUCCACCAACAAAGUUUGAGCCAUCUGCUCCCCAGGUCAUCUACAUGAUGAUGAUUUUCUGUGGUCAUUCUUAUUCUCUAAGAAAAAACGUAAUCCAGCAGCAGAACGACCUUGACCUUGUUUCUGAGGAGAAUAAAACAAGUACAGGCAGCACUGGAGGAGAGAAGGAGCGGGAUGCCGGUCGUGGGCUGUUACAACAAGAGGAAAAGAAUGCUGGGCGCGAGCGUCUACAACAAGAGCAGGUUGGAAAAUUGACUACGAGCUUGGCGGAUUUGUGUGACGGACGGGCUCUGAUUGCUUUGGUACUAUUUCCGCACUGUUGUACUUGAUGCCGUGCCUACUGUUGAUGUACUUACUGUGUUUCUUCUUGUUGUUUUCAAUGGAGUUGGCGUUAGUUUUUACAACUAGUAGUUAGGGUUGGAGUUCGUGGAGUUGGAGUUAGUUGUAAGUUGUACAAAUGCAUACUGCUCUCUGUCUUUUCCAUGUUUGUCUGUCACGUGCUAGUCGUAUCCGAAAAUUUUUCGAAGUUUGCUCAUCUUCAUACUACUUGAUAGAUUGUUGACAUAGACACUGUAGUUACCGUUCACGCAGGAGUUUUGAUGUAGUUGCAGUAUGUGUUUUCAUUUAGCAGGACGCUCUACAGCCUCUAUUUAUCAACCGUCUCGACAACCUACAACCUCUAUGAUAGUAUCAAAGCAUUACCAUUAGGUCCAACAGGAAGUAUCAGAUUCCAAUAGUACGACGUAAAUCCGAUCAAAUCCGAUCUCCAGAUUCAAUGCAUCGAUGUCCGACUAUGCAAGCGUGGUAGUGCAGUAGCGGUUGGUCGCGUCGCACAGUUUACGACAGCUUGUCUUAUGGUUCACCACUGCUUGUCUUAUGAUAUGAUAUGCGCAGUCACAGUCUACUAGUACAGCUUGUAGUUUUAUACACAGUUCUUGACCACUGCUUGUCUGAUGGGUAGAAGUUUUGAGUCAUCUUCUCUAAUGUUCGAGACUUAGGCCUUACAGACGCGCAGAUUUUUUCGAGUCCAGAUUUGGUGCCGGAGGUAAGAAAUGGCACCCAAGUGCUAAAGACGCUACAAAGUUUGUCCGAAUGCCUAGAUCAUAGAUGGAAUGGGCCAAGGAUUGGUAGUGAUGAUUUUUACUGUAGCAGUAGUAGAGUGAUGAUUUUUACUGUAGCAGUACUAGCCGUAGUCGUAGCCGGAGUCGUAGUCGUAGUAGUUGCCGUAGCAGUAGUAGUAGUAGGAUAUGCGACAGACUCAGACUGCCACUGCCUGAGCUGAGUCCUGAGUCAACAUCUAAAUAAUUUCUAUUUUCCACAAUUGACACAAAGGCAAACUGAUACAUAUCUUCAUCGCAGAUUCCGAAUUCCGUCAAUCUUUCCGGUCUAGGACGAGUCCGACAAAACAUGAAUCUGACGACGAGAGCAUACCUUCAUUAAGGCAGGUAAGUAUUGUAUUGUGUUGUAUUGUACUGUAUCCAUUGGGUUGAUUGUAUUUCCAUUGCAUGUCCUCAACAUCAACAUUCAAUAACAAUACAAUCAACCCAAUACAGUACAAUACAAGACAAUACUCAAUACAAUUUUUUUCAACAAGUCUCUCACAAAGAUGAACUGCGUAGAGUGCCCUGGAGUGGCUCUUUUUCUACAGUUGGAAAAGAAGCCCCGCCGUCCUCCAAGGGUAAUAGUAUUAUAGGAGCUUCUAAUUCCUGACCCUGAGGAUCGAGACACGAAGCGAAGCUCUAUGCACUUCAGAGGUCGAGACAGCAACCGGAGAAGAAAACGGACUACAGCAGUUGUCAGUAGUUUUAAGGGAAGAAGUUGCACAGCGAGCUGUGAGUUUGAGUCUGUACAACUGUUGUAGUUUUGUCCUGCACUUAUACAACGUAAGUACCUCUUCAUGCAUUUGCAUCACUUUCUUACUUUGCUCCCAACAAUUAAAACUUCUCCGCGUACUAAAGGUAAGGGAAGAGGCGGACAGGACACGGAUGUCCAAAAAAGAAGAUGAUUUCCACCUUUGUGAAGUGAACAAGGUCAGAGUGAUAAACUGAUAGGUCGUCGUCAAUCUGACUACGUCACAUGAAGGGAACGACUGAAGGUGAUUCUAAUUGUUCGUCGUUUUCCAUCUAACUAAGUGAAAUGAGGAAGGUCAGAGUAAUUUACUUAAACUGAAGAUAGGCUGUAGUCGUCCUCGUCUAACAUUUCGUCGUCCGAGCCAGAAGAUGAUGGAGACGAUUUUCGAUCCUUGUCGCCCAAAGCGGAAGGGACUAGUUCUCCCAGAGCACAACCCAGCGGACCUACGAGAGCGCAGCCUACUGUUAAGGGUUGGAAGCAUGUGAUCUAUCGCUCUCUAGGAGCAUAUGAUCUAUGAACAAGUUUUCAAGUCGGAGCAUAUGAUCUAUGAUCUAUAAUGAGCUCCCUUUCAAGUGGUAAGAAAGAGAUAGAUAUGCGACCUAGAUGUAGAUCGGUCAAGAACUUUCGACCCCUAAUGCUGGACCAAGUCCGAUAUCCAGUGCUCUCGUUUCGUCCAGUUGUACGUCCUCGAGUUCUUCUAUCGCAGCAAGCUUGCAGAGUGUUCCUUCGUCUUUUUCACAGCAACGGCCUUCCAGGAGAGGAAAGACCAUUAUGGAUGAAUGGUGAUUUCUCUGAAGAAGUAAAAACUUACCUAUUAUAGCUAUACUUCUUCUUUGUUCUAGAAGAGAGACACAGAUAGUUACUACCAGGAGCAGGACCACGAGGACACUAUAAAUAUUCAUACUGUACUUAGGAUUAUUGUGAUUUCAACUGAACUGUUUUGGAAUUAUCUCGUCUCCUUGUUACCCACUUAUUUAGUAUUGUAUUACACCGUUUUGGAACUAUCUCGUCUCACCCGUACUAAUACUAUUGUAUGACCACUAGAGACGAGCGUUGAUGAUGCGUUACGCCUUGCUGGCAGUAUUAUGCUAUAAGAGGGCUAUCUUUGUCUGAGACGCCACGGCGAUGAUGCGCCAAUAGAAACCAUAUUUUCAUCGGAGUACACCUGUUCCUGAUCGAAAUGAGAUUUUAACGCUCUUUUUCCUUAUCGGAUCCAUCGUCAAUAUUCGUAUUCCAUACCUUUAACUACGUACUGGUGCAACUGCCUAUAAAGGUUAUAUGAAGGAUGAGCUAAAACUUUAGGCCGCUUUUUGCCUGAACAAACUGAAAAUAACCGAGAUACUGACUGAAAUAAGGGAGGCAGCUUUGACAGGGCUACUCUUCCUUGUUCAGUAUCUCGCUUAUUCUAAGUAGUUACUCGCUUAUUUCAGUUUUUCGAAUAAAUGGAAUUGAAAUCUCAACCUCAAUGAUCAUCGGUUAGGAUGUGUUCUCUAAGUUUAGACGGGAGAUUGGUAAUGUGCAGAAGGUUUUCCGCCAAACCAAGGAGCAAAUGGCAAAACAGCUAGCACAAAUUCAUGCAGAGCAAAAGCACGAUGAAGAGGGUUAUGAUGAAACAAGGUAUCUCUAGUAUAGGUAAUGGUUAUUCGUCAGGGAAAUCUUAGGCAGAUUGCCGAGUAGAUUCGAGUCAUCAGUAUAGGUAAUGGGUAUGAUAGAAGAACUACAAGGCAAUUUAGUGAUACUACUAGAACAGGUGGAUCAACAGGAUGGGUACGAUCUACAUGAAGAUCUAACAAGGUAAUUGAAAUUAUUCAAGAUGAACAGGAUGCGGAUGGUGAAAACUAAACAACGGGGCUACCAGGAUAAGACAUAAAUGAACGAUCCAUAUCAUGCAUAUGGUGACUAUAGUACAUGCUGACGAAAUCGAAACAGUUUCGACGAAACUUUAUUUUUACUGAGAAACUUUAUUACUGAGAAACUUUAUUAAGAUCAUAAUACUCUACGUUCUCAGAGAAUUCCUGCUCAGCGAACUUCAGCACUUAUCAGAUUGUGAGAACAUUCCGACUCUGUUUUAGAGAGUUCUAACAAAAAGAGCCCACCGAAGUAGACCGGGUCUCCUCUGCUGCUGUCCCCAAUACGCAUACCACGAAGGGGGCAGACUUCAGUGAGGAAGUGCUGCAGUAUUCUUGCGAAGAUUAAGACUUGCCGUAAUUCAUCUUCCAAGGCAUCUCUGCUGACACGCUUCCAAGGCAUCUCUACUGAAACUACUUAGCGGUGAAGGAUGGCUUCCAAGAUGAAUUUACGUAAGCUCGAAGAAGAGGAGUACGAGGAUGCAGAAGAAGGCGCCGACGUGGCGGCAAUACUCGGGAAAUGGGAGAGUGGUGGAUCAGGAUCGAAGCCGCAUUCCAAGACUUCUAAGACCAGCAAGACCUCUAAGACCAGCAAGACUUCUAACAAAGAUAAUGAACUUGCUCAGCAGGUGCAGGACCGAGAUGAACGUCAGUAUCAGCAAGUAGACGACAAUGACGCUGAAGGGGAUGAUGUCGAAGGAGCGGCGACUGGGUUGGAAGAGGAGGAGCAAGAGGUGCUGCUAGGCGGUGAACAAACUAGUGCGCCUCUGGCGAAAGAUAUCCAAGAAGAUUUGCAACAAGCGAGAAGCAAAGCACAGGGAUCCAAGGCGACGUCGGUGCCAGCAUCAAAUGGAUUUGAAAAGCCAUCUUCUGAAGAACAAGAGGACCAUCUGCGUCCACCUACCUCGUCUACAGCAUCAUCUCAAGAGCCAGAUGAGUCGUCAAUAAACGUGAGACUUACAACUACAACAGCCCACACGAAGAUCCAGGAAGUUGACCAGCAAGGAACAGAGGCUUCUCCCUCACCUUACAAAAUGAAAAUCAACCUUACAACCCACGAAGUUGAGCAAAAAGUUGACCAAACUCAAGCAGAGCCUUCUCCAGUUGAUGAGACGCCUCCUGGAGUUGUAUCUUUCAAUAUGGCGAGACCAAGACUCCCUACGAUGGAUGACACCUACUUUGGAGCUGUCGAGGACGCUGCGGCAACAUCACCUGGACUUGCGGCAACAAGUGCAAACGGUGUUGAUGUUAUAGAAGCCCAAGAUAGAAAUCUUAAUCUUACGGGCAAGUAGGUUUUUAGGUCUUUCUGUUGCCGCUUGUUACUAAAUAUGGCUCUUUUAUAAGGGAAACGACCAUAAUAAAGGGGGAGCACAAGAAACACCAAAAGCCUACUUCUAAUGAUCGAGCAGAUAUCUCACCUGCAAGAAUAGGAGCAGCUGAGAGAGGUGGUCGUGGUGAACCUCAAGCUGGUGAAGGUGAAGAGGAUAUAAAGCAAGGCCACUACACUGCUGAUCUUUACAGUCCUUGCGUCGAAAGAGUUCUCGGGUUAGUAGGUGAAGAUCUUUCUCCCAGUCCCACGCUAGUAUCGCCCAAACGACGUCGCAGUAGGAGGGAAGAAAGACUAGGACUUGAAGAUGCUCCUUUAGAAGGUGUAGGUGGACAAGCACAAGGAGAAGGACUCGAUGAGGUAGAUGGUCGUCCUGGAGCUUGUUCUUCAGUCGCAUCCUCGUGUCCUCAGAGUCCGACUACACAAGUAGUUGCGCGUGAGAUGAAAAAGAUUAUGGCAGGGAUCUUUGAUCAAGUGCAUCAGGCGACGAGAUCGCCGUCACCAGCACUAGCGACGGAGUCGUAUUCUCCAGAAGGUGGAAAUAAAAACGACCGUAGUAUAACCAAGGUAGACGACCACAACGUUGAUAAGGCGUUCUUACAGCGGCCAUCGCAUGCUGCGUCGUCUCCUGCUGCGCAAGAAGUCGAAAACCUCAUGCGUGAACUAUUUGAUACAGCGGGAAAGCAGGCUGUUGUCCACUCUAUUUACGGGAACUGCCACCCCAUCUGUUGCAACAUCUUUUGAUGGCCGUUUUCUCCUUGAAAAGAGCCAAAAGAAGUUCAAAGAGAUGGGCUCGCUGUGCCUCUAAUCUAUGGUCGGCAAUCUGUUUGCGGGAGUUGCUGAAAGAGCUGGAGUUGCGGCAAAUGCUGGAAACAACACACAAAAGGGCACUGCUCGUGCCACAACUAGUCCCUUAGUACGGCGUAUUCUUUCACCGGAUGCAACUAAGAAUGCUGGAGCGCGUAGUCCAUCACUGAUCACAAGCGCUGUAGAGGAUGAAGAAAAGGUCUCGGACGAGAAGACUGGGAUGCUGGACGAGCCGACCAUGAAGCAAGAUCUUUUACUAGGACAUCCAGAUGAUGAACGAGAACAGGAGCAGCAGAAAGAAGAUCUACAAGGUGUAAGGGAACAACAGCAGCAGAGUGUUAGUGAACCUUCUUCAGCAACUCUUUUUGAUGUGAAUUCUUCAUCAGGAGGCAUAGUGGAGCAACACCAACAAGAAGCAGGUAAAGAAAAUGGCGCACCUCUGGGGGAAACUAGAAGUACAACAGGUGAACUCCGAAAUGAGAAAGAAGAGACAACAGCAUCGGCAAACCAGGAAGCAACUACGGCAGGUGAAGUCCGAAUCAAGGACGUGGAAGAGUCAAUUAAUAUAGUUGAACCUCUUGCACUUGAUCCUAGAACAAAGGAAAGCACCACAAAAGAGGAUGAAGACCCAGACGACCACAUCAUGAUUACAAAUCCAAUGUUGACCGACAACAUCCUUGAUGGGGUGAAUCUAGAUCUUGAUGGUGGACAAGGACAAGGUAGUAAUGGAGGUGCUGCUCCUAGAACACAUGAAGCAUCACAUUCAGAAGCACAAGAACUGUCCUCGUCAGGAAUACCAGUAAUACAAGAACCUGUUGUAGGUCCAGGCUCACCUACUGCAACUUCAACUUCUUCACCAUCCAAAAAUCCCUUCGCCUUGCCUGCGGAUAUUAAGAUACCUGGAGACACGGUUUCCGCGGAUCUAGCCUUUCUAGACGAAACGGGAGACAGAAACACCAAAAACGUUGUACCAAUCAAGGCGUACCUCCCGGACAAGGAUAUGAAGGUGUCCGCAGAUCAGGUGUCUGCGAAUAAGGUGUCCGCGGAUAAGGUACCUGCAGACCACAAGGUUUCCGCGGAUCUAGGCUUUCUAGACGACGUUUUGUCUGCUGCAAGUGCCGCAGCGGGAGGUGUGACCGCAUCGUCCACAGCAGGUCAUCUGGGGUUGGCUGGAACUACAUCGAAUGGUGGUCUCUAUAGUACUGCUACCUCUAGCAAGAUAAACUCCUCCCUGCCUCCCACGGCAGCUUCACUUUCACAAGGCCUUCAACAGCACGGAGCGUCUCUAGCGUCUGGAGCCUUCCCAGCUGGUGCACCUUCGACGUCUACUUCGCUAGUGGAAGGAUGGCAGAAAUUCGCAGCGAGGGCAUCGAAUAACCCGUUUAGCCCUAGUCCUAGGGUAAUCAGCGAAGCAGCGGGUUUGGACAUCAGGGAUGGAAAAGCUGCCCUCUCUGCACACAUCUUGCUGAAGCGCUCAAUCAGUCCGUCUGUGUCGUCGGAGGGCGCUGGGAGUAACAAAAAUUUAUGCUGUUUACUCUGAUUCUGAUCCAUCUUCCAUUUGAGGUGGAGCACCAUGGAGACAUGGACAUCCCUGCACACGGAAGAACUUUUUACUGCUUUUAUGUAUAAUGAGAAAAUGUAUUAUAGUACUAAAAAACACUACAGCAACUUAUCCAUGAUGAUGUUUCUCAACAACACAAGAUCAAGAUGCUAGAAUGAUUGACAUAAUAUUAUUAGUACUGAGCAGCAGCUCUAAAGAACAAUGAAGUUGGCCACCGAAGGACUAGUACCAUGGAUACGGUGAAUGCAUCAGACCACGAGCACGACACGUCACUAACAGGAGGAGGUGCCCCGACUACUUCUGCCGGAGUGAAUCUCGUCCACGGGAGAGCACCAGAUCAACUACAUCUUCAUUUACGGCUCAAACAACUCAUUUCAUUCUACAAGCCAUUUCUCCUUCUUUUCUUCUUAUGAUUGGGAGAAAUGUACGCAAGAGAUGAAAAAAUGUUUUGCGCUCUAAUUCAUGUAGCUAACUACACUGCGACAGCAACAUCGUCAAAGACUAGUAAAAAAGAAGGUCAAGAUGAUGAUGAUGAUGAUGAUGAUGAGUAUAUCGCUUUUUUGCGUAGUUUGAAACCGCCUUCUUCACUGCGAUUCGACCCUGCGCCAGGUCAAACGCAGGAGGGUGCUUCGUCGACUGUCAUCUCUUCGAGCGUCAAUGUCGACCCGCCCGUAGUUGUACUUGCACAAGGCGGACGAGGCGAACAUCGGAAUAAAGACUCUACUUUGAAACCGUCUUCGUCACUUCGAUUCGACCCUGCGCCGUCUCCUAGAAUUGAAAACACAAAAGACCCUACUCCUGUGAAGAACGACGCUGAUGCAUUUCUAGAUGAAUUACUGUCGGCAGGAGCCCCAACGACCGGUGCCAGUGGUUCCCAAAUGGUGGACAACUUAAAUUCCAUAAGCAACAAGAUGAAUAGCACGCUCACUGGGAAAAAUUAUAACGCUAGUGGUACUUCUAGUGUUAGGGAUGUAGAAGUAGAUAAGCUUUUUGACGAUUUAUUCGGUACAACUACAAGUAUUGAUGUUCAAGGAGCCAGCGUAAGAGACGAGAACGCCGCAAAUGGAAAUAAUCUUCGAACAACAACAUCGAGCUCAAGAAGUACUACUCCUAGUACGAGUAAGCCUGUUGCAACUAAGCCUGUUGCAACUGACCGUAGUCUUAUUUUGUGAUUGUACAACUUCAUUAGUUGGAAACCAUAACCAAGCAACAUUUCUGCUUAAGCUUAAUAGUGCUUAAUGCCCAAUGUCGAUGAGAGGUAGUAACAGAGGUACCAUAUGUUCAGGCUCUUGGUGUAAAUUUUUUGACAAAUACUUUGCCGAAUACUUUUCUGAAAAAAUCGUAGUUUAUAGAAAUUUCGUUCGGCUGUGGCUGAUUUCUGAUUCAUUUAUAGACUCCCUUGAGAUCGAGUUGGUGAAGGUACGCCUUAUGUGGGUUUUGGUACAAUUGAUACUGGGUAAACUGCGAGAAAAGACGAGAAAAUGAAGUUUGAUACCGGGAAGAAUAAGGCCUUCGCCUCCACUUGCUCGGAGCAUCC